AAAACAAAAAUGUGUAAUGUUAGUAACUAUACAGAAAUGUAGUUCCAUUAAGAGUACAGCAUGAAAAGAGAGAAGUUACUUGCUGCUCCUUGUUUUUCCCACUGCUGUGAACUCUGUCCAGCUCCUCUGGGGGAAGCGAUGACAGCUGCUGCCUGUUCAGUAAUAGAUACCUUAAUUGUGCCGUGGCACUGUUUCCAAUGGGGAGACUGGUGUUAAUUCAUGUUUGAACGCAGAAACAGUUUGGUUUGGGCCCACCCGAGCAUGAAACACUUUGAACUGGUUACAUUUUAAUUGGCCCUGUCCCAUGGGGGAUAGAAGUGAGUUUAUUGAGUGUGUGGGUGUUGAUUCUGUGCAGUCGGCCAGUAGCACAUGAUCGCAAGACACCAAAGGGCUCCGUUCUCUUCUUAUUGGAACUGCUUGUGCAAUCUACUGAUAUCUCUCACCUUCAUCUCUGAAACUUAAAAUAGCUGACAAAAAAUAUAUUUCUUAUCUCCAGAGAAUGUGAUGGUGUUUUCACUUUAGGUUCACUGCUCACAAUUGUGCUGUUUUUCCUCAAGGAAUGGAAAAUCUCACGCCAGAACAAUGGCGCGAGAUUAUGAACAAGAAGAUGAGGUUCCCUCCCGAGCUCCUCAGUGCCAUUCGGGAAGGGAAAAUAGAGCUACUGUGUGGACUGUUGAAGACCGGUGAUGGCAUCAUCCGCCAACUGGAUGAGUCUGAGGAUCGCCAGUGGAGGGAGGCCCUCAACCUGUCCAUCCGCCUGGGAAAUGAGGACGGCAUGGACGCCCUCCUGCACGGGGUCAAGUUUGACUUCCGGCAGAUUCACGAGGCCCUGCUGGUCGCCGUAGACACCAACCAGCCCAGAGUGGUGAAGCGUCUGCUGGACCGCCUGGACCAGGAGAAAGGCAACAAGAUGGACGUGCGCUCCUUUUCUCAGGCCAUCUUUGACCACUCUAUUGACAACUCGCAGUUUGCCCCUGGUGUGACUCCUUUGACCUUAGCCUGCCAGAAAGACCUGUAUGAUAUAGUCACCAUGCUUACCCAAAAAGGUCACGUCAUCCCAUUGCCACAUAAGAUAUCCUGUGCCUGUCUGGAGUGUCGUAACGGCAGGCAGUACGACCUGCUGAAGUUCUCCUUGUCUCGUAUCAACACCUACCGUGGCAUCGCCAGCCGUGCCUACCUGUCCAUCACCUCUGAGGAUGCCAUGCUCAGAGCUUUUGGUCUCAGCAGAGAGCUCCGCAAGCUCUCACAAAAAGAGCCAGAGUUCAAGCCUCAGUACCUGGGCCUGGAGCAGCUUUGUCAGGAUUUCGCCGUUGAGUUGCUGGGCAUGUGUCGCAACCAGAGCGAGGUGGCCACCAUCCUGAACAGCUGUGGAGACGAGAGUCAGGAAGCCAUAGAGGAGCAGGCCUUUGAGGAGGGAAUACCCAACCUGUCACGUCUGAGGCUAGCUGUCAACUACAACCAGAAGGAGUUUGUAGCCCACCCAAUCUGCCAGCAGGUGCUGUCAUCUAUCUGGUGUGGGAACCUCGCAGGCUGGAGAGGCAGCAAGACGGCCUGGAAGCUGUUUGUCUCUGUGGGGAUCUUUCUCACCAUGCCCCUCCUCUGUCUCGUCUACUGGCUCGCACCCAAGUCAAAGGUAGGAAAGAUGCUAAAGAUUCCUGUGAUCAAGUUUCUCCUCCACUCAGCCUCCUACAUGUGGUUUCUCAUCACGUUACUUGGAGAAUCAAUAACAAUGGAGCUGUACCGAGACAAAUAUGCCUCCCGGCAGCAGAACAUCCUGCACAGCUCCUUCCACAUGGUGUGGGUAGUUGGGUUCUUCUGGUAUGAGUGUAAGGAGGUGUGGAUCGAUGGGCUGCGGAGUUACUUGUUGGACUGGUGGAACUGCUUGGACAUGGUGGUGCUCAGCAUGUACCUGGCAUCCUUUGCGUUACGUGUGCUUAUCAUGCUCAAAGGUUACUUCCUCUGCCUUGAUCCUGAUGGCACAGAGGAGUGUGUCUACUUCACUCAGACUGUGCGUGAGGACUGGCAUCAGGAGGACCCCCAGUUGAUUUCAGAGGUGCUGUUUGCAGUAACCAGCAUGUUGAGCUUCACGCGGCUGGCGUACAUCCUGCCAGCCCAUGAAUCUCUGGGAACUCUGCAGAUCUCCAUAGGGAAGAUGAUUGAUGAUAUGAUGAGAUUUAUGUUUAUAUUGAUGAUCAUUGGAACAGCAUUCCUCUGUGGCAUCAACAAUGUCUAUGUUCCUUAUGUCAUCUCUCCAUAUCUUGGCAGGUUUAAUGAGACGUUCAACUUCUUAUUCUGGACCAUGUUUGGCAUGGCCAACCAGGGCUACGUGGACAUGCCGGAGUUUGUGUUGGCAGAGUUUGUAGGAAGGAUUCUGUACGGCAUCUUCACGCUCGUCAUCGUCAUCGUCCUGCUCAACAUGCUUAUUGCUAUGAUCACUAACUCCUUUCAGAAAAUUGAGGAUGAUGCGGAUGUUGAGUGGAAAUUUGCCAGAUCAAAGCUGUACCUCAGUUACUUCAGAGAGGGCCUAACCAUGCCUGUGCCCUUCAACAUCAUCCCCUCACCCAAAUCUGUCUUUUACAUCUUAAGGGGUAUCUUUAGACGAAUCUGCUGCUGCACUUGUAUAUCUAAGGAAAACUAUCCCGCUAUAACCUCUAUGACCAGUGUUAAGGGAUCUGAAGACAGCCAGGUACCUUACCGGCAGCAGGUGAUCAGAGCUCUGGUUCAACGCUACAUUGAGUCAGCUCGCAGGGAGUUUGAGGAGACAAAGAGGAAAGAUAUUGGUAACCGGAUCACUGAGCUGAGCAAAGCAGUCAGCAGGAUGCACAUUGAUAUGAAAAUGAUGCAACAGCUUCGGGUGGAUGAUGGACACUCUGCAAGCGACGCAUUGACCAAGGAUUGCUCCUCCAUACUGGGGAAAUACAUCAUUGGUGCUAAGAACAAUUUCAGAGGUUUUGACACCAGACCAGAUGACAAAAUUACAGCACUCAAAUUGACAGUGCACAAUGGAGAGGAAGGGGUGGAUAACGAGAAGGUUGACUUAGAUACACACAAAAAAAAGGAGUCAGACGUACGACAGAAUCAGGGGGGCGAAGGUGGAGCAGAGGGAUCACAGCAGGUAACAGACUGUGAUUUUGUGAAAAUGGAGGAGGGCAGAGCUAAAGCAGAGCUGGGGGAUAAGACGUGUGAAAGUGAUAACAAAGAGCAGGUGGAAACAGACAAAAAUGAAUAUACUGACACUGAAGUGAAAGAGGAGGGGGUGGAAGGGACAAGUUUUAACAAUAUAGAAGAAACAGUAAAAGCCAAGGCCACACAGGGUGAGGCAGAAAAAAGUAUGGAAGGAGAGAUACUGACUGGAGCGAAGGUGGGUGGAAAACGCACAGAGACGACCCCUGAACAAGCUGAAAGCCUCAAAGUCAGUAAUGAAAACGCCGACACAAAGAGAAUGGUAAACAAGUUCAAAGACAUAGAGCUGCAAGAAAAACAAGUGGAGGCAAGAUGGAUGAAGGGUAGAAAGUCUGAGGAUAAUGUAGCAGAGAAGCCUUGUGUCAAGGCGAGCAAUGAAAAACCUGGAGGCAAGAAAAUGAUUCCCUCGCCAACAGGCAGCAGCAGCUCCCAGGACACGGGCUUUGGUUCCCGAGAAGGGGAGGGAUCGAUUGAUGGGAUGCUAGUGAGGCCGUAACUGGUGAUGUCCCUUUUAAAGGGCCACACUGACUAUUUCAGGUUUUGGCCCUUUGGUCACCUUAUCCAAUAUCUGAGGAGACACAAUUAAAAUUUAAUAACUUGGUUUUCCAUGGCCUGCAGCUUCAUAAUUUUGGCACUGUGGUGGAGAUGUCUGUCAGUUGGUCCAUACAAAACUUUGAUCCAGAGUAACAUAUCUUAACAUCUAUGGGUCAGAUUGGUAUAAAAUCUUCUAUAUAUUAAUGAUUUUUAUUUAUUUAUUUUUUUUACAACCCCUUGAUCUCUUGUAAUCUAGAUUGGUCAGAAUUUCUCCUUCACCAACACUCAUGAAGGCCCGCUUGAAAACUAAGCACCAGCAAAUAAAAUAUUAGUUUGUAUACAGGAUAACGUUUCAUAAUCUAAUCAGCCUAUUAGAAAAUUUAAUUUGCUGAGCACUCUCAUAUUUUGGGGUUAUAAUUAUUAUUACAGCCUACUGGGGCUACUAGCACAGCUUCUAGGCUUGCUCACAGUUAAACAUUUUUUUAACUAAAACGUCCACAAUUUGGGAAAUAUAGUCUUGCACAUAGCCACCCAUAAGACACCAAAUUGUCGUGUUUUUGUACCAGUUAAACAAAGAACACAUAACGUGUUAAUUACUUAGCUUUAGAGGUGCUGCUAGGUUGUUAACAAACAAAGCUAACCACCUUCAUAUUUAGUGUGCAUACAUGAGAGGCAUCUAACUUUCUGCCAGAAAGCAAAUAAGUGUGUUUCCCAGAAUGCUGGACAAUUUCUUUAAUCUUAAUUGCUGAUACUGUGAGAGACCUUUCAUGUGGUGUAGCCAAUAAGUGUACAAAAAACUGUAGCUUUUUUCCCUAGUUCUACUCACAUCCUCUGUGAAAUAAGUAAAAUUGGUUCAUUGGUCAGUUAAUUAAGCCAAGUGUCACACGCUUGUUGUACUGCUGCUUUGUGGGUAUCUCGCCCGUCACUGCCACUUUCCAAAGUUCACUGUUCAUUAGCAAAGAGCCUUUGAUGGUCAUUCUGCUUUCUCUUAAUAUUCAAACAUCUGAUGAAAAUAGUAUUGUGUUCAAGUUUUGCACAACAGUUACUUUUUAACACAAUUAAAACAUCAAAAAAUAUUUUUAACUUUGUGUUGAUUGAGGUUAUGAAUUGGUGUUUCUCUUUAGUAGGUUGCAGACCUACAUCCUGCUACAGUCUAACAGUGCAGGUCUCAGCUUGCUUUACACAUGCUGCUCCCUUGAGGUCGCAUGCAUCAACACACCACUUCAUUAAUUCAUCACCUGCAGCAUCACCUGUCCCAAGACACUUCCACAGGAAAAAACACCUUGGCUUGUGGCCCUUUGUUGCAGUAUUGCAUGAUUGAUACAGUCAGCAUUUCCACCUUUUGUUUCAGGUGUUGUGCGCCUUAUCUGCCAUUUUCACCACAAAUAAUUUAAACAUAUUUUAUGUCACCUGACACAAAAGCCUCCAACACAUCAUGUCACCAGGAAAAUAAAUUCAUGUCUCAUGUGCACAGGCAUUUUGUAUCACCAGCUAAUGGUAAUCACCACCCUGUUAGAGCAGCUGACAGAAAAUCUUCAUUUCCCUAAAUUUCAUUUCCUAAUAAACAAGAACUAAUAACUGCAUACUGACUACCUACACUACCCAUUCUUAUUUAGCUAUGUUGGAUGUUGAAGAUGAUUUACCUUAGUUAUUGUUAAGAAAGAUG